GGGGCCCCGCUCGCCAUGGGGGAGGUGGAGAUCUCGGCCCGGGCCUACGUGAAGAUGUGCCUGCACGCCGCCCGUUACCCGCACGCCGCUGUCAACGGGCUAUUGCUGGCGCCAGCGCCGCGGUCGAGAGAAUGCCUGUGCCUCACCGACUGUGUGCCCCUGUUCCACAGCCACCUGGCCCUGUCUGUCAUGCUGGAGGUCGCCCUCAACCAGGUGGAUGUGUGGGGCGCGCAGGCCGGGCUGGUAGUGGCAGGGUACUACCAUGCCAAUGCAGCUUUGGACGACCAGAGCCCUGGGCCCUUGGCCUUGAAAAUCGCUGGGCAGAUUGCAGAAUUCUUCCCUGAUGCAGUACUUAUUAUGUUGGAUAAUCAGAAACUGGUGCCACAGCCUCACGUGCCCCCAGUUAUUGUCCUGGAGAGCCAUGGUCUCUGCUGGGUCCCCAAGGACAAGAACUUAGUGAUGUGGAGGGACUGGGAACAGUCACGGCAGAUGGUGGGAGCACUACUAGCAGGCCGGGCCCACCAGCACCUUGUGGACUUUGACUGCCACCUUGACGACAUCCGGGAGGAUUGGACCAACCAGCAGCUCAACGCCCAAAUCACCCAGUGGGUUGGUCCCACAAAUGGAAAUACCUGAGCCAGGGCCAGAGGGGAGGCUCAGGAUCCAAUAAAGAGACUUGGGCUGUU